AUGGAGCCCCAGACUUCUUCCCUCUCCACUCUUGAUUUGGCUCUGCGAUGGACGCUCAACUGCCACGAACGUCAUUUGGAAUGUCGGCAGCUUCGAACUAAGGAAGCCUGGCGGCCAACACGUCUAAUUAAUAUUGGGAUCAAAGGUGAUACAAAAUGGAAACUUGAUUUACUUCCUGAUAAACUCCAGCACACGCCCGUUUAUAUGACCUUAAGCUAUAGAUGGGGCUUAAACGCUAAUUUGCAGCUCCUUACGACAAACAUUAACUCUUUUCAGGAAGGAAGACCCAUUGACGACCUUCCCAGCACGUUCCGCGACGCUAUUUCGAUUGCGCAAAGAUUUGCCGUCAGAUUUCUCUGGAUUGAUGCGCUCUGCAUCGUUCAAGAUUCUAGAGCAGAUUGGGAACGUGAGGCGACUACCAUGGGACGUGUCUACGCCAACGCAUUAUGCAACAUCGCUGCCGCCUUAUCAGAUAGCCCAGACGGAGGUCUUUUUCGAACUAGAGACCCGGAAGAGCUUCGACCGGGUCUUGUACGUGCUGUUGUGAACUCAAAUAAGCCCCCGAAGACUUAUUAUGUGUUUGACGACGCUUACGCUAGCCGACAACUCUUCUCCAGUGCGCUACUCCAACGUGGUUGGGUAUUCCAAGAGCGGCUCCUCUGUCCCAGAGUUCUCUACUUCACAGAGGAGCAAGUCUUCUGGGAAUGUUUCGUCGAGCAAAAGUGCGAGGCUUUUCCGUAUGGAAUCCCUGGUAGUGUUUCAUCUAAAAAGCGCGACAUGUCAAACAUUAUCUACUCUACACAAGGCCAUAACGCGAUGAGCCAGCAAGGUUGCUCUAUUUCACCGCAAGGACUAAAAACGUGGAAUAAUCUGGUGCAAGAGUACUCGCGAUGCGAGUUUACCAAGACGAGUGACAAGUUGUUUGCUCUCGCUGGAUUAGCCAGUAUAUUCCGUGACUGGUCCAGAGAUGAAUACAUCGCCGGACUCUGGAAAUCAAAUCUCGCGAUACAGCUGUGCUAUUCAGUGUGGGAGACUAAGCUCAAGCAUCCAUCAGAGUAUCGUGCGCCAUCGUGGAGCUGGGCUUCGCUGGACGAACACAUACAGUUUCCCGGCUCACUAGAGAGGGCAACAGCGCACAUAUCUAUACUUGCCGCCAACUCACGGCAAAGUUUGACAAUUCGCGGACACCUCUCUCAAGCGACAUUUGAACCAAAAGCGCAGCACUUAGAUGGGAAUGUCGUCCUAAGCAUCAACGGCCGGCACGUCAACGCAUGUAUUAACCCAGAUACUGUGGAUAUCAAAACCCAAGAAGUGGGGAUGCUGACUAUUUUAACUCUACUGUCGUACUCAACAGCAGAGCGAGGCGCCGAGAACCCUAUAGAGGUAGAAUGUCUUGUCCUGGAACCGGUUCUAACUACUGCAACGGAAACCUAUCGGCGGAUUGGGAUCUUGAACACAUACAUGAGAGAGGGCUUGGCAUCGCUUGGUGUUUGUAUCCAAAAAGAUAAUUCUGGAACGUUAAUGGAUGUCACCCUUUCUGAUGUUAAUCUUAUAUAA